CCAUGUCCCUCAGAGACACUGGGGACCCUUGGGGACACAGAUCCAGAUGUCCCCAAGACCCUUGGAUGUCCCCAAAGGACACUGGGGACCCUUGGGGACACGGAUCCAGAUGUCCCCAAGACCCUUUAAUGUCCUCAAAGGACAUUGGGGACCCUUGGGGACACAGGUCCAGAUGUCCCCAAGACCCUUUGAUGUCCCUAAAGGACACUGGGGACCCUUGGGGACACAGAUCCAGAUGUCCCCAUGUCCCUCCUGGUGUCCCCAUGUCCCUCCUGGUGUCCUCCUGUCCCUCCUGGUGUCCCCAGGGGACACUGGGGACACGGAUCCAGAUGUCCCCAAGACCCUUGGAUGUCCCCAGAGGACACUGGGGACCCUUGGGGACACGGACCGAGAUGUCCCCAAGACCCUUGGAUGUCCCCAGAGGACACUGGGGACCCUUGGGGACACGGAUCCAGAUGUCCCCAUGUCCCUCCUGGUGUCCCCAUGUCCCUCCUGGUGUCCCCAUGGGACAUUGGGGACCCUUGGGGACACAGAUCCGGGUGUCCUUGCGUCCCUCCUGGUGUCCCCAUGUCCUUGGGGACACGGAUCCAGAUGUCCCCAAGACCCUUUAAUGUCCUCAAAGGACAUUGGGGACCUUUGGGGACACGGAUCUGGAAUGUCCCCAUGUCCCUCCUGUGUCCCCAUGUCCCUCCUGCUGUCCCCAUGUCCCUCAGGACCGCUUGGGGACACCACCCCCGCUGUCCCCACGUCCCUCCUGGUGUCCCCAUGUCCUUGGGGACAUGGACCGAGGUGUCCCCAUGUCCCUCAGAGACACUGGGGACCCUUGGGGACACAGAUCCAGAUGUCCCCAUGUCCCUCCUGGUGUCCUCCUGUCCCUCCCGUGUCCCUGUGUCACCUGGGCAUGCGGAUCCAGGUGUCCCCAUCUCCCUUGUGGACACUGAGGACACUUUGGGGACACUUUGGGGACACUCUGGUGACACCACCCCAGGUGUCCCCAUGUCCCCUCAAGUGUCCCCAUGUCCCUUGUGGACACUGAGGACACUCUGGGGACACUUUGGUGACACCACCCCAGGUGUCCCCAUGUCCCCUCAAGUGUCCCCAUGUCCCUCCUGAUGUCCCCAUGUCCCCUGUGGACACUGAGGACACUUUGGGGACACUCUGGGGACA